AGGAAUCCAACAGCGAGAAGGAAAUCGGCAGUCACCGUAUCGGCCUUCCUUAUAAACGCCUUAGAGGACGGUUUUUCUACCUGCCCUCGAACGCUCCCCUCCCUGCUCCCCUCCUGCUGCGAAUCAAACUAUCUUUCUUUCAAAACCCUAAAAACAGUCCCUGUCACUCUCUCCAUGGCACCUAAACGCCCUCCUCCUGUUGAAGACCCGCCCUCUGCUUCUAUCUCUGAAGAAGAAGAGGAGGAAGAUUCUUCCAGCGCUGAGGAAGAAGAAGAAGAACAACAACAAUCUGAUGGUGAACAAAGACAGCCCUCUCCUCCACAACCACAAAACAAAACCCAAAACCCACCUCACAAGAUAACCGAAACCACCACUCAACAAUCUGAAUCUGAUUCGGAGUCGGAGUCGGCAUCCGAGUCCGAACCCGACCAGAUUGUCAAGCCUAUAACGUCUAAGCCCAUGGAGGAGACCCCACCAAAGGCGGCAUCAGCAGCAUCCAAGAAACCCAGAUCGAAACCUGCUACAGCUGCUACCCCGGAGAAAACAACUGCUUUGAAGAGAGGUAACGAGACUGAUCGCGAAGACUCGAAACGGGCUAAGAACAAGGAACCCGAACCUGAGAAGCCCGAGGAUUCCAAAAAACAGCUCUUUCAAAGGUUGUGGACCGAGGAUGAUGAGAUUGCACUGUUGCGAGGUAUAAUUGAUUUUACUGCAAAGAAGGGUUAUGACCCAUCAAAGGAUAUGAAUGCUUUUUAUGAUUUUAUCAAGAAGUCUUUGCAUUUUGAUGUGUCUAUGACUCAAUUGAAGGAUAAGAUUUCUAGGUUAAAGAAGAAAUUUGAGAAUCAUGUGAAAGGUAAAAAAGGUGAAAAUAAGACUUUCAGUAAACCACAUGAUCAAAAGGGGUUUGAUUUGUCUAAAAGUAUUUGGGGCAGCGAUGGGAGUAUUAAAGCUAAUGGGAGGAAAAAUGAUAGUGGUAAUACUAGUAAUAAUAAUAAGACAGGGAAUGCGAAGAAACUAGAAGCAUCUAAGCCUGAGUUGGGUAUGGAUGUGGGAGAAGAGGACAGAGUGGAAGUCGAGAUGGGGAGAGGUUCAAGUGUCAAAAGUGUUUUGAAGUUUGAAAGCAAUGUGAGUGUUGAAAGAAUGGAGGAUUAUGUUGUGAGGAUGGGACUGAAUUUUGUGCAUGGAACCGAGAAGGAGAAAAUGGAAGAGGAGUGGAGGAAGUUGCAUGUGGCUGAGUUGGAGCUGUUUUUGAAGCGGAAUGAACUAAUACGAGAACAGGCGAAGUUAAUGCUGACAGCUUUUAAAGCUGAAAAGGAUUAGGGAGGCCGAGAAGGAACAUGAUGGGGGGGUGGGUGGGGUGGGGGUUAUUGUACGUAAAUGGUCUUGUUAGUAGUUACUUUUUGUUUAGGUUUCGUAAUUAGCUUUGAAACUGCAAUGUGUAGUUUCUUAGAUAGUGUUAUCCUUGGUGCUUUUGUUUCGCUGAAUUUUGUUUAACCCUCAUUUAGUGGAUAUACUAUGUUAUAUUUCUCAUUUUAGUA